UAGUUACUGUGAAUGAAACGUUGAUAAAAUACUUAUUUUGUGUAUUGUACUAACAUAAUUUAAACUAUGCUGAAAUGUUUGAAAAAAGUACACUUUUGAUGAUCUGUUGUGAUAUUAGUACUGAGAGUUUUGAAAAUGUAUUAAUUGCUUGUGAAAAUUGUGCCAAAGCAAUUAAAAAAAAAAAAAAAAAAAAUGUAAUGCAAUCCUGUUAUCAUGCCACAUUUCACAUGCAACACAUUUUCUACCCCAGGAUGCCAUACAAAGCAUAGAGUUAAACACUCUCAUCAGUUUAUUCAAUUUUCUAUUUUAAGUUUUUACUAUUCAGAUUCCAGAAAUCAAAACUUACUGUAUUUAUUUUUUUUUUUUUCAUGUAGCAAGCACUACUAUUGGAUUUCAAAAUGUGACCAAUUCUACAGUGCAGACGGAGAUCUUCUCAGGCUUUAAUAUCUUCAUGAAAUGCAUUUACAUUGCCAUCCCUGCUAUAGGUCUCAUUGGAAAUGGGCUUGUGAUAUUUGUGACUGGUUACAAAAUGAAGACGACAGUUAACUCCAUUUGGUUCCUCAACUUGGCGACUGCAGACUUCAUCUUCUCCUUAACUCUAAUCAUAAGCACCAUUUCAUAUAUAGGCCGCAAGUUUUGGCACUUUAGUGACUUCAAGUGCACAUUUCUCUGUUUCAUGAUUUACCUAAACUCAUUUGCUAGCAUUUUGCUGCUGACAAUUAUUAGUCUGGACCGAUGCCUGUGCACAUGGAUGGUUGUGUGGUCUCGUAAUAAUCGAACCAUAUUCAAAGCCAGAAUCAUCUGCAUGAUUGUGUGGGUUUUCUCCAUCACCUGCUGCAUCCCUGCAGUCAUCAGUCACUCAGCAGCAGAGAGUGAAAAAAUCUAUAAAACUUCUAUACAAUACAAGUCUAUUGUCACAUUUAGGUUUAUAACAGGCUUUGUCAUCCCCUUUCUGAUCAUUGCAUCUUCGUAUAUAGCUAUCGGUGUGCGAGUCAAACGUCUCAAAAAGGAGAAUCAGCUCAGGUCUUACCGGGUCAUUAUAGCUGUGGUCCUGGCCUUUUUCAUAUGCUGGCUUCCUUUUCAUGUAUACAGUUUUUAUAAUAUAAAUGCAGAAGAGAAUCAUUGGCGUAAAUCUGUUAAAGAGGUUUUAAAAACAGAAGCUGUAAUUAACUGCCUGGCUCUUCUAAACAGCUGUCUGAACCCCAUUCUCUAUGUGUUCAUGUGUGAGGAGUUUAAGAAGAAGCUGAAACAGUCUUUCCUGCUGGUGCUGGAGACGGCGUUUGCUGAAGAUCAUCUGGACUUCAGAGUCUAAAAGCAAACAAAAGAUACCACCAUCUCUAUGCCUGACAGCUGCCAGGAUAACCAAACAAGCGUUUAUAAGUAUCAAGAUAUUUACAACUCCACUUUUCCAUCUUGAUGGACACCUUUUUACAACCACAUGAGGUUCAGCUUAUACAGCCAUAAACUGCAUUAUAAUCUCACUUUAUCUGCAUUUCACAUCUUCAUGCAUAAGGAAAGAGGAUUUUCAAUAUAAAAAUACUUGCCUUUUCCAGUGGUGGAUCAUAACAAAGUAGUUUAACUUUAUUACUUACUUUAUUACUUAUUUAUUACUUACUUUAAGUAGGCUAUCUGUACUUUAUCAGAGUGUUAUUAUUUUGGGAAAAUUUUACUUUUACUUCACUACAUUCCAGUAGCGUAGCCACUAGGGGCCCUGGGGGGAGGGGGGAAUUCUGAUGGCUUAAAAUAAAAAAUUAUGGAAUUUUUGAUGUGUUAGCCUAAUUGAUAGAUUGACCAAUGCUGCACGGUAAAAUGCUAUGACUGUUAUUGGUUUGAUUAUGUCAUGUGUUGUGCCUAUACGCUGUCAUUAUCUUUACAUGUUCAUUAGCCUAACAACAUGCAAUGAGUAUGGCAGGUGAACAAAGUUCAAUAUUACAUUUUACAAGAAAACACAGAAAGAUGAGGGGGAAGGGGAAAAAGUUCCAUCCAUUGUACA